UAGCUUGAGGCGACGUAGCAUUUUUAGUUGGCUUCUAGCAGGCGAGUCAGACACUCCAGUUGAUCAACAGGACAGACUGUAGCAGGAAUCAUGAGGGAAAUCGUACAUUUGCAGGCCGGUCAAUGCGGAAAUCAAGUCGGUGCAAAGUUCUGGGAAGUUAUUUCUGAGGAGCACGGUAUAGACCCCAGCGGCACUUAUACUGGGGACAGCGAACUACAAUUGGAAAGAAUCAACGUCUACUACAACGAAGCUACAGUUGCAUCAAGUACAAAUGGAGGCAAAUACGUACCCAGAGCCAUACUACUGGACCUCGAACCCGGUACCAUGGAUGCAGUCAGAUCGGGUCGAUACGGCAAGCUUUUCAGACCUGAUAAUUUCGUUUUCGGUCAAUCUGGUGCUGGAAACAACUGGGCCAAAGGACACUACACCGAAGGCGCCGAACUGGUAGAUGCAGUCCUAGAUGUAGUAAGAAAAGAAGCCGAAAACUGCGACUGUCUGCAAGGUUUCCAACUAACACACUCGCUAGGAGGCGGCACUGGAUCUGGUAUGGGUACACUGCUUAUUUCGAAGAUCAGAGAAGAGUACCCUGAUAGAAUCAUGAACACUUAUUCAGUCAUGCCUAGUCCUAAAGUGUCUGAUACAGUUGUCGAACCUUAUAACGCUACCUUGUCUGUCCACCAACUCGUAGAAAACACCGAUGAAACUUACUGUAUCGAUAAUGAAGCCCUGUAUGAUAUAUGUUUUAGAACCCUUAAAGUACCAAAUCCUAGUUAUAGCGAUUUGAACCAUCUCGUGUCUCUCACGAUGUCUGGAGUUACCACCUGCCUGAGGUUCCCAGGUCAGUUAAAUGCCGAUUUAAGAAAACUAGCUGUCAAUAUGGUUCCAUUCCCUCGUCUCCAUUUCUUCAUGCCUGGAUUUGCUCCUUUGACCUCCAGAGGAAGUCAACAGUACAGGGCUUUGACUGUGCCUGAGCUAACCCAGCAAAUGUUUGAUGCCAAAAACAUGAUGGCUGCUUGCGAUCCGAGACAUGGAAGGUACCUCACAGUGGCUGCAGUUUUUAGAGGUAGGAUGUCCAUGAAGGAGGUAGAUGAACAAAUGUUGGCCGUGCAAAAUAAGAACAGCAGUUACUUCGUCGAAUGGAUCCCGAAUAAUGUCAAGACGGCAGUUUGUGAUAUUCCACCAGUUGGAUUGAAGAUGUCUUCCACAUUUAUAGGCAAUACAACGGCUAUCCAGGAACUAUUCAAGCGAAUCUCCGAACAAUUUGCUGCCAUGUUCAGGCGUAAGGCUUUCCUGCAUUGGUAUACCGGAGAAGGUAUGGACGAGAUGGAAUUUACCGAAGCUGAAUCCAACAUGAACGACUUGGUAUCAGAGUAUCAGCAGUAUCAAGAAGCCACAGCUGAUGAUGACUAUGAAGCAGAGGAAGAGCCUGCCGGAGACGAUUUUAACUGCUAAAACUUCUAAAAGAGUAUAAAAUUAAAAUACGCUGAUGUUGAUUGAAAUAAUUUAAGUGAUCAAAGUUUACUAAGUUUAUUUUUUAUUGAUACAAAAAUAAGAGAAAGAAGACUGUAUAUCAACUUAAACUUAGAUCAUUUAGAUAAUACUGAUCAGAUAAAUGAACAGUAGUUUUAAAUUAAAAAAAACGUUUUUUUUUAUUUAUUUUAAAUAUAAUUGAUAGCUCAGAAACAGAUUUAA